AUGGACGCACUUCUUCAACCCCAUCGACCAAACCCUCAACCCAACCCGAGGCUAAUGAAAGACUUUGGUAGGCCCCAAGUAGGAGCUUCACCUUCUUGCAUAGUGCUUACUGAUGCAGCCAGGAACUAUGAGCUAAAGACGGUCCAUUACAACCAGCUGCCGUCUUUUCACGGUUCAGCAAGCGAAGAUGCCCUUACCUUUAUUAGGGAUUUCUACGGGAUAGUCCAACAAUUCCCGUUGAAUGACUUGACCGAGGAUGCACUAAGGAUGAGGUGUUUCCCAUACACCUUGAAAGAUGCAGCAAAAACAUGGUUCAUGACUCUUACACCUGGAUCCCUUCGGACAUGGCCGGAGGUGUAUAACAAGUUUAUUGGUAAGUUCUAUUCCCAUGCGAAAACUGCUGAAUUGAGAAGAAAAAUUGCGACCUUUUCGCAAGCUGAAGGCGAACCAUUCCAUGAGGCAUGGGAAAGGUUCAACAUGUUGCUCAUUCAAUGCCCCCACCAUGGCUACCCAUUGGAGCUUCAAAAUCAAACUUUCUAUGAUGGUUUGACUCAAACCAGCCAAUCAAUGGUUGACAAUGCGGCUGGAGGUGCCAUGGGAGAAAAAACUGCGGAGGAAACCUUAGCAUUGUAUGAAAUGCUAGGGGCAAACUCCCAACAAAAGAGCGUCAGGGGACAGACGCCAGGUAUGUAUGAAGUUAAUUCAAAUGCUGGGUUGGAAAUUCAAGUGUCUGAGUUAGCUAAACAAGUGAAAAGCAUGUAUUCUAUGAUGAGUAUGAAGCAAAACAAUGCAUCUAUGGUGGACGAAGAUGUUCACAAUUUUGAACAGGCCAAUGCUAUGAAUAGUUUCAAUCAAAGGCCUAGAAAUGACCCGUAUUCUAAUUCUUAUAAUCCGGGUUGGAAAAACCAUCCCAAUUUUUCUUGGAAUAAUAACCAGAAUAAUUUUCAACCUAUUGCUCCACCUCAACCGAAAAAACCAUCUUGGGAGGAUUCUUUGGAUAUUUUCAUACAGAAUUGUAAUAGACAGUAA